UCUCAACAUCAGCGGGCAGGAGCAGACGAGCAUGGAGCUAUCACUGAUGGCAGCGCAGCAUUUGCAAGCAGUCAGCGGGGCCUUCAUGGAUUCUCCAUACAACGGCAACACGUCUCUUCAGACGUCCACCUCCAACCUCAACACCAGCUUCUCCAGACCAGCCGAGCAAGAAGAGGAGGGCAAGUUCUCCAGCGACGCCAUCUGGCUGUGGGUGGCUGUCAUUGCAACCAUUGGCAACAUUGUGGUGGUAGCGGUGGUGUGCGCCUGUGCCUUUUAGACCCCGUAGUCUGCAAGAACACAGCCUGAACUCUUGAUCCCUCACCCGUCUGCACUUAGCACAGUAUGUAGUAUGCAAGCAACAACCUUCUGUCUCCUUCCUCCAAAAACGGCCCCUUUGAGUGCAUCUAAAGGCAGCCUAGCGAUUUAUAUUUUAUUAGCACUAUAUAGAUCUGUUUUGUGGCUGAACCAAAUAAUGGGUCAGUUAAUUCGUCAGAAGGGGUUGGUUACAGUUUGCUUGGUUAUGUAAGCCAGCAUUACACAGCAUCUGUCAACUGUUGAUUCACAUGAUCAACCAAAUCCAUGGGACACGUGUCUCCGGAUAGGACUCAACUAAGUGUGCAUGUUUGCGGGUGUCAGUUCUCACUAAAUCAGGCGGUCGACGCAUUUACCAUGAAUUAACUUUGCUUCUGCCCACUUCUCUCCGCUUCUGCCUCUUCUGGUGGAGUCAGCAUUGUUUGCUCUAUUUUGGGGCAAUAUAGGACCAAUAUAUGAUGCAUGACGACAUAUAUUAGCUGCAAGUGUGAGAAUGUGUUGGUGCAUUCAAGUCGAGUCAGAAAUAUUGCAUUUGAUUGAGUGGAACACACGGAAGCGACGCCAUAAAGUGUUAAGUGUGCAACUUUUCUGAGUUGAAAAAUGUCAGAUGCAAUGGAUGCAGGGUCUAUAUUUAAGAGUA